AUGGCGGCGCGCUUGUCGGUGGACGCGCUGCGUGCGGAGCUUGCCAAUAGCUCGGCAGAUGCGUCGGCCGCCGCGCUGAACAAGCUGCGAGGCGCGCUGCGUCUGCACGCUGCCGAUCUCGGCGAGUACGCCGCGGCGCACGUCGCGGUGACCGACGAGCGCCUGCACCUUGCGCGGCAGCUGUGUGAAGCGCAGCCGCCGCUCGUGCCCCUGAUCUUGGAUGCGUGGGAGGUCGCGGAGCAGCGGACGCUGCCGACGCUGCGCCCGGUGCCGAUGCAGGUCCUCGCGCAGAUCCUCGACUUGCUCUCGGUGCACCAGCCGUACCACGCGCUCGGCGAAAAAAUCAUCGAAGAGCUCCUGGCGCCGACCAAUGCGUGGCUCGGGCGCAUGCACGGCUACAUUGCCGCGGCGACGCAGGCGCGGCGCGAGAAACGCGAGGGCAGCAGCGACACGAUCGCGGCGCUCGUCGCCCUCAAGCUGCUCACCGCCAUGGCGGCGUUUGCGCGUGGAAAGCUCGCACAGAGCGUCUGGGAGCGCUUUCACUGGAGCGCAGACGUCCACGCUCGGCUCCUGUCGAUGCGCCGCCGCGCACGCGCGGGGGCGCUCGUGUCGCUGCACGACGCAGACAUCCGCACGCAGUACCUCUUGUUCCUCGGCGCGAUGCUUGCCCAGCCCUUUCACGCCUCGCUCAAGACCGCGCUGCUGGACCUCGGCGGGGAGGGGCUGCCCGUCGUGUUCAAAGGGAUGUACAACGACCCUGCCGAGGUCGUGCAGUACGUCCUGCUAAUCCUGCACGAAGAGCUCUUCAAGGACACGGCCGUGCCGCGCGGCGCCAAGGCGCGGCUCAUGAGCGAGCACGCGUGCGCGUCGCUCCUGCGCCUCUAUACCCGCGAGCAGGACACGAUCGGCGAAAACACGUCGGUCGCGGACCUCGUGCACCACUUCUUCCUGAGCAUCGCGACGCACCCCGGCUUUGGCAUCUGCUACCAGGACCGCGGCUGGUACCCCAAGCUCGAGGAAGAGCAGGGCGGGCCCGUCGUGUACAACAAGGUGCUCGCGCACCUCGUCAAACAGCUCGCACCGGUCGACGACCUGCGCCAGCAAGAGCUCGCGCUGCGCAUCCUCGCCGCGUGCCCGGAGCUCGUCGCUGGCUACCUCCAGUCGGCGCAGCGUACACUCACGCUCGAGCCCAAGGCGGAGAGCGCGUGGCUCGGCAGCAUGGCGUUUGUCGGGCGCGUGCUCGCGCUGCCUGUGCCGCUCGCCACGCCGAAUGCCACGCCGCCGCCCAUGGCCACGGUCCUGGCGAAUACCGCGCCAGAGAUGCUGCUCCGCGCACUGGGCCGCGGCCUGCGCCACGCCGACGCGCUCGUGCAGUACUUUGCGUGCCUUGUCAUUGCACGCGCCUUGCAGCGCGUCGAGCACGUCGAGCGCGCCGCGCGCCGCACGUCGCUGCACUUUGACGAGCCGCACGACGGCGCAUGGACCGAGGCGCGGCGCACGCUCGAGCUGGCGUGGCGCAAGCGCUUCCCGUCCGUCGACGCAGUGGCCCAGCUCGUGGCCGAGACGGGCAGCAUGCGCCAGGAGGCCGCGCUUCGCGUGCUCGCAUUGUACCACACCGCGCUGCCGAGCAUGACCUUUGAUACGCGCUACGACGCGGGCAAGCUGCUCAGCAGCGCAUUCCUCGAGACCACCGCCAAAGGGCCGCUGCACCUCGAGCGCCUGUGCCAGCUGCACGCGCUCCAGAUCGUCUCGCGCACUACAGAGGCCGCGUACGACUUUGCGGCCAAGGCGCAGAGCGCGUGGCCGGGCUGCGCGCUGCGCUCCAACCUGCACUUUCUCCUCGCGCUGUACUCGCAGACAGACGGCGCGGUGCGCCGCCGCGCAGCGGCACUGCUGCACAGCCAGCUCGGCGGCAGCGCGCUCUUUGCGCACGACCCCGCAGAGCUGCAUGCGUGGCUCGCGGCGCUGCCGAGGAACGACGCAGCGGUCCCGAGUGUGCUCAACUUUUGGGACGAGUGCAUGCAGCGCUGCCUCAAGACGCCGUACCGCUACGCCGAGCGCGCGCGCGCCCUCGUCGCACAGACGCUGCCGAAUGCGCCAGAAGAGGCGUGCCCCAGCCCAUUGCUCAUGGUGCUCAUGGAGCAGGCCGCGAUCCGCCUCGAAAAGGGGCUAUUUGGCACGCACGGCGGCGCAGACGCCAACGCAAGCGAGCCGAUCGUGCAGUACAUUGUGCGCCUCGUGGUGCGCCUCGUCGCCGAGCGCAAGCCGUACGCCGCGCUCGCGGCGCUCCUGAGCGAGCUGCGUGGCGGCGACGCGCCGACGGCCAAGGCGCUUGCCGCAGGCACGGCGUUGCUGCAUGCUGCAGCCGUUGCGCCGUCGACGUCUGCCGCGGCGCCGGCCGCCGACGAUGCGUGGGCGCUCGAUCCCACGACACAGAACCUCUGGGCAGCCAAGCACGCGCACGGCGCGCUGGCCGUGCUGCACAGCCGCUGGGCGGACUAUGCUGCGCUCCCUGGCGCCGUCGGCAGCGACUGGCGCAUGUUUUGGGCCGUGCUGCUGCAGCGUCUUGAAAAUGCCGAUGCACCCGCCGUCGAGACGACGCUCGAUGCACUCGAUCAGUGGGCCGCGACGUACGAACUGUCGCCUUUUGAUCUGCGCAUCUACCUAGUCGAGCACCCCGUCGUCGCUGCGCUGCUCGAGCAGCGCACCGCCGCGUCGGCCGCGCUGCGUGUGCGUCUCGUCGAGCUCGUGUCCCGCAUGGCCGCCGGCCGCGCGUCGUACGCGCCGUGCCUGGCGCCGCUCGUGGAGAACGUCGUCGCGCACCUCGCCGAGGACACGAGCGACGUGCGUCUCUUGCACAGCGCGCGUGCGCUGGCGGGCGCCGCGCAUCCCGCGGCGCACACAGCGCUCGUGCGCACGCUCCUCGAGGCGCUGCGCACGCCGGGCGACGCACGCUCGGCGCAGCUUGCGUGCCUCGCGGCGUACGCAAAAGAACCCAACGCCGAGUCGCACGCGCUCUUGCAGCGGGCGCUGCCGACGCUCGUCGAGCUGCUGGACGAUGCGGCGGGCGUGCGGCUGCUGCACCGCGUCCUGUGCUCUGCGCUGCCCGCGGGCCUCGACGGCGCCGCGCCGCCCACCUCCGGCUCGAUGCAGGCGCUGCGUGCACUGCAAGAGCACCGCAUUCCGUUUGAGCCGAUCGUGCGUAUGGCCUCGGACGCAGACGCGGUGCUUAUGCGCUGUGUCUAUGCCGUCCCCAGCGGCUUCCGCGACGUGCAAGCAGCGUGGGGCAGCACCGCAGAUGCCGUGCGCCGAUACCCCUGCACGACGCUCGCCGUGCUCGAGCUGACGCACGCGGCGCGCGAACCCGUGCCCGCUGCGCUCGUCGACGCGCUCCUUGCGACGGCUGCCGAAGUCGUCGGGCCGCACGCCGUCGCACGGUGCCUCGCGAUGGCGCUGCUGCCGCGCUCUGCGCACGACGCGCUCGCCGCGAAGCUCAUGCCGGUGCUCGCCCUGACGCCCGAGCUCGUGUGGCUCGUUGCGGAGCUGGGCAUGCCUGCGCUCCAGGAUGCGCUGACGGCCGUGGCGCUCCGCCAGGUGGUGCACCAGUACGCCGACGAGGCGAGCGACGGCCUGCGUACGCGCCGCGCAGUGCGGGCCUUUACUGCGCUCGUGCUACGCACGCAGCGGGCCGAUGCGGCGCUCGCCGACCCGGUGCUCGAGGCGGUGGUCGCGUACCGUGCUGGGGACCUGGACGGCGUGCGCCUUGCGCUUGCGCUCGUGCGCACCGUGCCGCUGCGUGCGGCGAGCGCUGCGCGUGCGCUCAACGGCCUCGUCACGCGCACCGAGCUCUUGAGCUCGGUGCGUGCGCCGGCCGAUGCCGCGGCCGCUGCGCUGCGUUCAGCGCUCGUCUCGCUGCUGGUUGCCCUGGCGCGCCAGGCGCCGGAUGCGGUGCAGGCGCCGACGACGCUCGCGCGCCUCCUCUACCUGUACACGGGUACGCUGAGCGCCAGCGACCGUGCGCUCUUUUCGCUGUUCCAGGCGCACGAGCGCCAAACCGGGCAGUCGCUGUUGGAUGUGCUCGGCGCGUGGAGCGCGGACCAGGCGCUGGUGCCGUCGUCGCUCCAGCGCGACACGCUCCUCGCUGCGCUGCUGUCGCUCGACGCGCAGCGCACGCACGCCGCCUGUGUCCAGUUCCCCCGGCGUGCCAAGGCGGCGGCGGGCGAUGCGAGCGCCUACGAUCCCUGGCUCGUGCUGAACCUGGUCGGGGGUGCGAUGCUCGAGCGCGAGGCGGGCGAGAGCCACUUGACCGGCCUCGAGUGGCUCGCGGUGCUGCGCACCGGCGCGAUCGGCGUCGUGGUGUGUGCGCUCUCUGCACACCGUGCGCCGCUGCGCCUCUUUGCGCUUGGCCUGCUGGGCAAGGUGUAUGCGAGCAUCGGCCAAGCGACGUUCCGCGAGCGCGACCUCGUCCUCCUGAUCCUCGACCGCGUGCGCGACGUGAUUCCGCCGCCGCCGCCGACGUCAAUCACCGGGCGCUACGAAGAGGUGCCGUGGCUGCCGACGAUGGCGACGCUCUUUGUCGCGCACUGCCUGCGUGCGGUCGCCGCGCCGCAGCUCACGCUCUUUCCCGUCUUUUGCCGCUUCCUGCUGCAGCGCCCGAAGCUCGACGUGGCGGACGUGCCGCUCCUCUAUAAUCUGCUGCACUCGUCGUCCGACCAGCUGCACCACGAGCGCAGCUGGCUCCUGCGCUUCCUCGACGACGCGCUCGCGGCUCACGCGCGCCUCGCCGACUCGAGCGCGCCGGAAGCGCGGCGGCGCACGCGUGCCGACUGGCGCGUCUUCCAGCGCCGCCACGUCUGGGACCUGCUCCUAAGCCUGUACGACGCGCUGUCCGACGGCGCCCUCGCGCACGCCCAGGCGAAUACGCACGCCGAGGCACGCGACCAGGCGCGCCUCGAGUCGAUCUUUGCGUGCGCCGCGCGCAUUCCAUACCUCGGCGCGACGCUCGUCACGCGCCGCGGCUUUCUGCAGUGGAUUGCGAUGCGCGUCGCGAGCGAGCGUGCGACGCGCACCCCCGAGCGGUCCGCGUACUGGCUGCAGCUCAUGUCGGACGUCGUCGGGGUGCACCUCGAUGCGCCGCUGCGCGUCGCGCACAUGGAGAGCAUGGACCGCCUGCUGGACGGCGCGCUCCCCGUGCAGAUCCUCGGCACGGUCGACGACGCGCUGUGUGACGAUGCGGCUCCCGCGCAGACGGCGCUGCGCCUCGUGCAUGCGGUGCUCGAGUACGCGAGCCUGCGCACGUCGGCGUACACGACCGCCGAGGGCCGCCUCGCCGCGCGCCUCGUGGGCCGGCUGCGUGCGUAUGCAACGGACGCCACGCUCUCUGCCGCGCUGCUCUCUGCCGCACUGUACGCUGCGCCGCUCGGCGCGCCGCUUGCGCUGCCGCUCGACCUGGCGCGGCACCCCCGGAGUGUGCCCGAGCGCCUGCUUGCGCUGCCCCGUGAGCGUGCGGGGUGUGAGCACCUCGCAUCUCAGACGCCGGACGAGAUGCGGCGUGUGCUGCGGCGGUAUGCCGGUGCGCUGCGGUACGGGCGCUACAUACAAGAAGGCAAGAUCCGGCCGCAGGAUGCGACCGACGAGGAGGACGAGAAGAGCGUGAAGCGCACACGGCUCGAGUACCCUACGUGUGCCGUGUGCCAUAUGGACCUGCGGCGGCCGUAUGUGUGCCUGAGCUGCACGUAUUUUGCGUGCUUCUUCCGCGACCCCGUGACGGACGCCGGCGCGCAAAAAGCGGAUGCCGUCGACGGCGCCGAGGUCGGCACGUCGCACAUCGGCCUGCACCUCGCAGAGGAGGGGCACGCGUUUGCUUGCGAUAUGGUGCAUGGCACGCUGUUCUGCUCCGCGUGUGACGACGUCGUGUACGACGCGCGUUUCGACCAUGUGCGCCGCGCCGAGCAAGGGCGCUCGGCGGUGCACCGCGCCGGUGAGCAUGCGCUGGAUACGCUGCUCGAAAAAGACGCGUUUGCGGACGAGGCGCGCCUCGCGUCCUUUUGUCGGACGCCACGCGGACUGCGGAAUAUGGGUGCGACGUGCUUUCUGAACGUGAUCCUGCAGUCGUUCCUGCACAACCCGCUGCUGCGCAACUACUUCCUCUCAGACCGCCACAAUGCACAGCUGUGCGCCGUCGGGAAAGACUGCCUUGCGUGCGAGAUGGACAAGCUCUACGCCGAGUUUUACUCGCGCUCGGACAACAAAGGGCCGUACGGGCCGACCUCGUUCCUGUACGCCAUCUGGGUCGACAGCUCCUCCAGCGAGCUGUCGCAGACCGGGCAGCACGACGCACACGAGAUGUUUAUCAGCGCCUUGAACGGCAUCCACGGCGCCCUGACGCAGCACGCCCACGAGCGCGGCCAGCUGCCGCCGUUUCCGCUCGACGGCGCCGAGGCGAACGCGCAGCUUUACGAGCGUGCGGACCGCGCAGCAGACAGCAAAGGCAACCUCGACCACGGCGCGGGCUGUCCAUGUGUGAUCCACCGCACCUUUUGCGGCGUGCUGCAGAGCUCGGUGACGUGCCUGCGGUGCAGCAAGGUGACGCAUACACGCGAGCCCUUCCUCGACUUGAGCCUCGACGUGCGCUCGGACGACGCGCGCGACCGCAUUGUGGACGACAGCCUCGCGCCACAAAAGAAAAAGAAGCUCUCCAAAACGGAAAAAGACAAGAAGGCGCGUGCGUCGCUGGCGGGCACGCCCGAGGUGCAGCCACAGAGCCUGAAUGCAUGCCUCGCGAGGUACUGCUCGCCCGAGCAGCUCGGCGAGGCGUCGUACCGCUGCAGCGAGUGCCAAAACAGUGCCAAGGCGGUGAAGCAGAUGGGGCUGCUGCAGCUGCCGCCGGUCCUCUGCAUCCAGCUCAAGCGGUACGAGCACACGGUCGGCGCGGCCAAGGUCGACACCCGCGUGCAGUUUCCGUUGGUCGUCGAUGUGCGCGACUGCUGCGUCGAGGCACACGACGACGACACAAGCGAGGAGCCCAAGGACCCAACGAUGUUCCUCUACGACCUCUUUACCGUGGUCGUCCACGAGGGCACGCUCACCUCGGGGCACUAUACCAACUUUUCGCGCUGGAAGCAGCAGUGGUACCGCUUUGACGACGACAAGGUGACGCGCGCGACGCUCGCGCAAGUGCUCGGCUGCAAGGCCUACCAGCUCUUUUACGUGCGGCGCAGCCUGCACAACCACGCGAGCCACGGGAUUCACUCAUAG